UCAUCCCUCCCCCAUCUCAUCACAACACCGGAAGUAGCCGCUCACCCGGAAGUGUUUGUCUGAGAUUUUCCGGCUACGCCAUGAUGGCGGCGCACGAAGGAAAGGUUUCAGGGGUUUCCAAGGCGGAGUAUUUGAAGCGAUACCUGGAAAGAGGGCGCUCAGGAAAGGAAGAUGGGGCGGCCAAGAAGAAAAAAAGAAGGAAGCAGAGGCUGGAGGGGAAAGGUAUGCGGAUAGUAGACGAUGAUGCUGAAGACUGGAAGAAAGAAAGCAAGACCAAAGAGGAGGCGGUCGAAGAGGAAGAGGACCAACCCGUGGUGGCAGAUUUUGUAGACGAGCGGCCGGAGGAAGUGAAACAAAUGGAACAAUUCAAGAACAGCAACAAGUGGAGGCGGAUCCAAGAUGACGAGGCUCCUGAAGCUGAUGGAUCACCUGCUUCAGAAUCAAGGGCAAAUCUAGAAGAAUCACUCAAAAUGACUGAUUAUGAUUCAGUCUCACCAGAUGCCUCAGCAGCUCUCAAAGUCCGACAUGAUUCACCAGACCCUUCCUCGCCUCAGAGAAGCAGACAUGACUCUCCGGACUCUUCCCCAACACAAAAAGGGAGGCAUGAUUCUCCUGACUCCUCCUCACCACGGAAAGGGAGGCAUGAUUCGCCGGACUUCUCUCCAUCACAGAAAGACAGACAGGACUCUCCAGAUUCCUUUCUACCAAGGAAAGGGAUGCAUGCCUCUCCAGACUCCUCCGCACCACGGAAAGGAAGGAGUGGCUCUAAUGACCUCUCCCCACCAAGAAAGGGAAGACCUGGCUCUCCAGACCUCUCUCCACCACGGAAAGCAAAGAGUGGCUCUAAUCUCUCCCCACCACGGAAAGGAAGGCGUGGCUCUCCGGACCUGUCCCCACCACGGAAAGGAAGGCGUGGUUCUCCGGACCUGUCCCCACCACGGAAAGGAAGGCGUGGCUCUCCGGACCUGUCCCCACCGCGGAAAGGAAGGCGUGGUUCUCCGGACCUGUCCCCACCGCGGAAAGGAAGGCGUGGCUCUCCGGACCUGUCCCCACCGCGGAAAGGAAGGCGUGGCUCUCCGGACCUGUCCCCACCGCGGAAAGGAAGGCGUGGCUCUCCGGACCUGUCCCCACCACGGAAAGGAAGGCGUGGCUCUCCGGACCUGUCCCCACCACGGAAAGGAAGGCGUGGCUCUCCGGACCUGUCCCCACCACGGAAAGGAAGGCGUGGCUCUCCGGACCUGUCCCCACCGCGGAAAGGAAGGCGUGGCUCUCCGGACCUGUCCCCACCGCGGAAAGGCAGGCGUUCUCCACCUAAAAAACACCAACAAGAUGGCAGAAGAUGUUCCCCUUCUAGAGUGUUGAGAAAGGAUUAUCCGAUGAAUUCCUCUCUAAGGCGCGAUAGAUAUUGCUCCCCAGAUUCUUCUGCUAAGCGUUGGGGAAAAAAUGAAGUCAAUUCUGACUCGUAUCCUUCUAGUAAGAAAAAGCAUUCUCAAAGUCCAUCCUCUACCAAAAAUAGACAAGACUCCUGGCUUGAGAAAAACAGAAUGCACUCCUCUGAUUCUUCUCCAAAGAAAGGAGCAGAUAGAAGCCUGCCAUCUGGUCGUUCAUCCCCUCAUUCCUCCAUGCGUCAUGAUUCUGAUUCUGACCUUUCCCCUCCCAGAAGGAUGGAGAAAAGACCCACACAAGACAGACAGAGAAAAGAUCGACAAAGAAACUCUGACUCAGACUUGUCUCCCCCAAGGCAUGCCCAGAAGAGGGGUUCCGAUUCCAACCUGUCACCCCCUCGACGGGCAGAUUGCAGAGACCCAGACAGUUUACCUCCACCUAGCAGAGCUGAGUCAGAAAAAGGUUCCUCGAGCUCACAGAGAAGUGGAGAUUCCAAAAUGCUUUCUGGUGGAAGAGUUGGCCUCAUCUCUGCUGAGAUUUUGAGAGAAGAGAAGGAAGAGGAGAGGAGGACUCGGAAAGACAACAAAAAUCUAGAAAAGGAUUCAAGAAAUACAGAAACGGUUUUCAGAGACAAAAGCGGAAAACGGAGAGACUUGGAAGCAGAGCGUGAGCAGCAGCUUCAGAAACAAGCCAUACAAGAUAAACGUGAUGAGAAGUAUGCCCAGUGGGGCAAAGGUCUGGUGCAGCAGAAACAGAAGCGUCAAAACGUGGAAGAUGCAGUUCACGAGAUGUCAAAGCCUCUGGCUCGAUACAUUGAUGACACCGACCUAGAUCGCAUGUUACGUGAACAGGAAAGGGAUGGAGAUCCAAUGGCUAAGUUCCUGAAAAAGAAGAAUGAAGAACAGAGCAAAAAAGAGCGCCCAAGAUAUAAGGGUUCAAAUCCUCCCUUAAACAGAUUUAAUAUCUGGCCAGGGUACCGCUGGGACGGUGUUGACAGGUCUAAUGGAUUUGAAAACAAGUAUUUUGCUAGAAUUUCAGAAAAGAAGUCCGUGGAAGAAACUGCAUACAAGUGGAGUGUGGAAGAUAUGUGAACGUGCCACCUUUGCCUGGAACUUUGAAAGGACCCUUCCGCUGUGAACAUGUGAUGCAAAGAAACUCAACAUUUUCUAUGCUGUUUUCUGUCUAGUGAUUCCCAUAGUGCAGUUGACCUGUGCGUACCAAAGUAGAACUAAAGGCAAAACUUAUUUUUUCAUUUUAGAUGGAGUAAAGGAGAGGGUAAUCACUGCCAUGCUUUCCAUUGGGGAGAUUUUCCUUCACUUCCUAUCCCACAGCCAAAACAGGAAGUUGGUGAAAAUACCCCCAAAGUGAGUGUCCCCCAAUUGGAAGAUUUCCCCUCUGUUCCUGUCUAGGGCAACCCAAAAUGUGGCAUUUUAUGUUUACUUUUGGUGGUACUGUAAACCUGACAAAGAAUUUUCCAACGGGAAGAGUGCCCAACACGGGCACAGACGGCAAUAAAAACAUGCAGGGUGUUCUAAUCCCUCUCCACUCUUUCCUAAGCUAAAAAAAAAAAAGUCUUUAGUUAUACUUCAACCCUAUUUUCAACACUAGGCUCUCAAUAUGUUUGAUAUGUAACUGGUUAUGCUUGGGUGUAUUGUAUAGGUAUAUAGGGUUACCUUUGCUGGCCUUCUUAAAAUACUACUUUGAGCCACUGAGUGAGAACAAGCAUAGAGGAAAGGAAUUAUUCUGGGUCUAUGACUUGGAAGUAUUACAGCCAGGCGGCAAACAUUUUCAGAAGGAGAUCGGCAGUGGCAGCCCUGUGUUACUUCAAUAACAGGUAUUCAGGUAAAGAAUAUUCCUUUAAAAGCCACAGAUUUCAUGACAGUCUGUCUCACUCAUUAAUGCAGGAAUAUCAUUUUAUCUAUCUACCCCAUGGGUACAUGCUGCUACAUGGGUUCCUCUAUACUUCAGGAGGAUUUCAAGAGGUUUAAAGGGUAAAGACAUUUUUUUAUAUCAUUUACCACCCUUUUAAAAAAAGAAAGAACUUUGUGUUGUAUUUUAUUGGAUUCAGGUCUGUAAUAUAUUAAAUGUGUCCUUUGUUUUUAAA